AUGAAUUUCAUCCAUCAAUUAAGUUUACAAGAAAAAUUGAAGAUAAUGAUAAAUUGGAAUUUCUCGAUGUACAAGUUAUUUGAUUAUCUGAAAAAACAAUGCUUCGAGACAACAAUUUAUCGUAAGCCAACAUUCACUGGUGUAUUGACAAAUUGGAAUUCUGAUGUUCCUAUUCAAUAUAAGACAGCCAGUAUUGUUAGUAUGGUUAAUCCUGCACUUAACAUAUGUUCAACAUAUAAACUUUUAGAACAUGAAUUUAAUGAAAUAAGAAGAUUUGGUUUACUCAAUAAUUAUCCAUUAUCAUUUAUCGAUACAAUUAUCGGUAUUAAAUUAAGUCAGCAUCGAAAUAAAACAAUUACAAAAUUAGCAACAACAACAUCAUCAUCAUCACUAUCAACAACAAAAACAGCAAUAACAUUAAUAGAUGAUACCAACAACGAUAUGAAGAUGGAUAAGUCAUUAAUUUAUCAACAUGAAAAAGAAAGAGGUCAUCGAAUGAACUGGAGUAAUUUUCAAAUAGUAUGGUAA